GUCGCAUCCUUGGUGUUUAUUUCAAAAUAAAGUUUUUCUUUCUUCAAUUUUUGCUUUUUUAAGCAGUUUUAUAGAUGUCAAUCAACAUCUAAUCAAAGGACAUAGUUAUUAUUUAGUGCAGUGACAAGUAAAGAGUAUCCUAAAAAUAUGAAUAUAAUUGAAAUCUUAAGAAAUCGCGAGAAUAAUAGCAAAAACAUCCAGUUUAAGAACUUGCAAACUUAUGAUACAUUUAUAGACCGACUAGAUUUACAGAGUAAGCUGCAUGGGCAUGAUGGAUGUGUUAAUUGCUUAGAAUUCAAUACAAAAGGGAGCAUAUUGGCAUCAGCAAGUGAUGAUCUACAAGUGUUUUUAUGGGACCCUUAUCGAAAUAAAGUUAUAAGUAGCUUUCAAACGCCGCAUAGAGGAAAUAUAUUUUCUGUCAAGUUCCUUCCAAAAAGUAAUGAUAAUCAAAUUGUCACUGGUGCUGCUGAUCAUUGUGUGUUUGCCUACGAUCUUCAUCAUCCAGAAGAUCCAAUUUUUAAAUGUCGCUGUCAUCAGUCGCGAGUUAAAAGAAUUGCUGUUGCUCCGGAAUUGCCUUCUGUUUUCUUCUCAUCGUCUGAAGAUGGCUGUAUUUUCCAAAUAGAUUUACGUGAACCACAUACUUGUCAUUCCGAUGCUAAAAUUGUUCUGAUUGACUUGAAAAACCAUCAAGAAUAUGUCGAAACGAAAUGUGUUGCUGUAAAUCCUCGAAGACCUGAACAGAUUGCAAUUGGCUGUAAUGAUUGUUAUGCUCGUAUUUAUGAUCGUCGAAUGAUAUCAUUGAUGAAAAUUGGAAGUGAUAGUCCAGAUAAUUUGACAAAAGAUUGCGUGCAGUAUUAUGCGCCAGGACAUCUCCAAAAUCUUGCUGAGAACGGUAAUAAAACCGUCACAUUUGUGGCAUUUAGUCCAAAUGGAAAUGAAUUGCUUGUUAAUUAUGGUGCAGAACAAAUUUAUUUGUUUGACAUUGACAAAGCUGAAGCACCAAUAUACCUAAAUUUGCCAAGAUUACCGCCUGAACCUGCUCCAAAAUCAUCAAGAAAUGAAAAAGCUGAUUCCAUAAAAGCAUCAGGAAAUGAGCUUUUAGAAUAUGAAAAUUAUAUUCAGGCUAUAAGAAAGUAUACAGAAGCUAUACAAAUUGCACCAAAUAAUCCAGUUCUUUAUCUCAAUCGUGCAACAGCAUUAAUGCGUAGAAAAUAUCUUGGUGACGUCUAUGAAGCAUUGCGUGAUUGCCACCGUGCUUUACAUUUAGAUCCACAUUAUAUUAAAGCUCACUUUCGAUUAGCUCGAUCACUUUUUGAAAUUAAUCAAUUGACUCUCAGUAAUGACUGCUUAAGAGAACUGAAAAUGAGAUUUACAUCACACGAAACUGAUCAGAGCGUGAGAAUGUUGGAACAAGACAUUACUCAAGCAUUAAGUAACCGUACAACGCCCAGUCGUGACUCAAACCCUGAAAAAUUAUCUGAAAAGGAACUUUUCUGGAGGAAUGCAGCUAAAGACUAUAGUCAACGAUACAUUGGUCAUUGUAAUACGAAAACUGAUAUUAAGGAAGCCAACUUCUUUGGACAAAAUGGCGAAUAUAUUGUGGCUGGAUCUGAUGAUGGAAACUUUUAUAUGUGGGAAAGAAAGACAAACAUUUUGCGAGGCGUUUAUAAGUCAGAUAAAGCUAUUGUUAACUGUGUACAGCCACAUCCAACACUUCCAUUGAUUGCAUCGUCUGGCAUCGAUCAUGAAAUAUCUCUUUGGAGUCCACGGACUUCUAACGAAUCAGAAAAGUGUAGAGUCGAGUCAAAUCUUGUGGAUAAUUUGGUUGCAGAGAAUCAAGGUCAUAUGCAGAAUGAUUCAUUUGAGUUUGGUAUUGGACCGGACAGCAUCUGUCGUGCAAGUUAAAGAAUUGAUAAUGAAAAAUGUGAUAAAAGAUUGAUGAAGAAGCAAGCAGAGAUUUAAACUAAGGUCUAAUCUAUAAAUGAUUUUAAUAAUUUUUUUAUGUUUUUAUUUUUAAAAUGUUUAGGACAUUUACCUUGAGUAUAUCGUUUAUUUCUUUUAAUGGAUAUUGGAGCAUUAAUGUAGAGAAAUUAAUUAGUAAUGAUGAAUUCUUAUAAAUGCUGUUUUUCAUUAAUUUCAAUAUAUUCAUACUUAUUAUGAAACGAUUUGAGAUCGUUGGAAGUUUACUAACUGUUUAAACUGGUAUAAACAUGUAAUAAUAAUAAUAAUAUAAAUCCCUUUUGUUGCACUCUAUUAAUGAAUAAAAUGUAACAAAGAAAUGUAGAUGCUGGAGUUGUAAUCACUAAUCAAUAUUUUAGAGGAAGUCAGGUAAGUCAAUUGAAUACUGGCAGUUAAGUGCCUUGCUGGUCGAAUAGGUAAGGCGCUUGGCUCAAAUUUGGGAUGGUAACUCGAAGGUCGUCGGUUCGAAUCCAGCCAUUUCCAAAUUUGUUCUUUUUCGGUAGUUUAGAUACUUCGACUGCUUAAUGUAGGAGAUUAAGCCAUAAUUGGGCAUUUGGGCAACGUCGGAUUAAGGAACGGGUCAGGAACUUGAAGUGUAGCGGGAGAAAUAGGAACGAGAGCUACAAGAUUACCCACGAAUGGGGAAUAUUGUUAGAACGGACCUGAAAAGUAUCACGUCACGCCUACAGAAGAUCGAAACAAGAGCCUUAGUUUAUUUGAAACCUAGAUUUGAAAAUUAGCAGUUUGAU